AUGAUCAACAACAACUUCAUCUAUGCUUACCUGUCCAGAAAAGACACACCAGUGUCAAAGGGCUGGACCAUGGUGUUUGAGCAAAUGACUUUGAUCAGGAAGCAGGAGAUCACAGUUGUUUUGGUAGAGUACCUGAAGGGUUCUGGACAAGUCAACGGCUCAGGCUCCCCUUGUGGAUCUAGCACCAGCAGCGCAGGGGCCUGGCUUUGGGCCAACUUUGGCAGAUACUCCGUCUAUGUGACUCUGGCAGACCUUCAGUCGCUCAACGAUUAUUUCUCUGGUUUUGCAUCACUGGAACUCUUGACUCCAUCUCAAACAGCUGAUCUCACCGUACGCUCUGGAGCACUGAACAAUACAGAUUUGAUCACCAGAGUUUUUGACCGUCUGAAUCAAGGCGAUGCUAUGCAGAAUGUUGAGGAGUUCUUGGUGGCUCUGGCCAACAGCUCAGGGGCCCCUGAAAUCAAUCCUGUGGUGAGGGACAUCAUGAUGAAUCGGACAUUCAGCGUCAUCAGUGCUCAUUUCCCAGACUUUUCCAGAGCUGAGUGGAGUGACUGGUUCCAGUGGAAUCUUGUCCCGCUGCUCCCCAGUCUGACUGCAGAGAUGCUAACAAUGGCAACAUCAGAGGUGGACUGCGACAUUUACCAAGAGAUUGUCAAAGGGCUGGACCAGGUGUUUGAGCAAAUGACUUUGAUCAGGAAGCAGGAGAUCACAGUUGUUUUGGUAGAGUACCUGAAGGGUUCUGGACAAGUCAACGGCUCAGGCUCCCCUUGUGGAUCUAGCACCAGCAGCGCAGGGGCCUGGCUUUGGGCCAACUUUGGCAGAUACUCCGUCUAUGUGACUCUGGCAGACCUUCAGUCGCUCAACGAUUAUUUCUCUGGUUUUGCAUCACUGGAACUCUUGACUCCAUCUCAAACAGCUGAUCUCACCGUACGCUCUGGAGCACUGAACAAUACAGAUUUGAUCACCAGAGUUUUUGACCGUCUGAAUCAAGGCGAUGCUAUGCAGAAUGUUGAGGAGUUCUUGGUGGCUCUGGCCAACAGCUCAGGGGCCCCUGAAAUCAAUCCUGUGGUGAGGGACAUCAUGAUGAAUCGGACAUUCAGCGUCAUCAGUGCUCAUUUCCCAGACUUUUCCAGAGCUGAGUGGAGUGACUGGUUCCAGUGGAAUCUUGUCCCGCUGCUCCCCAGUCUGACUGCAGAGAUGCUAACAAUGGCAACAUCAGAGGUGGACUGCGACAUUUACCAAGAGAUUGUCAAAGGGCUGGACCUGGUGUUUGAGCAAAUGACUUUGAUCAGGAAGCAGGAGAUCACAGUUGUUUUGGUAGAGUACCUGAAGGGUUCUGGACAAGUCAACGGCUCAGGCUCCCCUUGUGGAUCUAGCACCAGCAGCGCAGGGGCCUGGCUUUGGGCCAACUUUGGCAGAUACUCCGUCUAUGUGACUCUGGCAGACCUUCAGUCGCUCAACGAUUAUUUCUCUGGUUUUGCAUCACUGGAACUCUUGACUCCAUCUCAAACAGCUGAUCUCACCGUACGCUCUGGAGCACUGAACAAUACAGAUUUAAUCACCAGAGUUUUUGACCGUCUGAAUCAAGGCGAUGCUAUGCAGAAUGUUGAGGAGUUCUUGGUGGCUCUGGCCAACAGCUCAGGGGCCCCUGAAAUCAAUCCUGUGGUGAGGGACAUCAUGAUGAAUCGGACAUUCAGCGUCAUCAGUGCUCAUUUCCCAGACUUUUCCAGAGCUGAGUGGAGUGACUGGUUCCAGUGGAAUCUUGUCCCGCUGCUCCCCAGUCUGACUGCAGAGAUGCUAACAAUGGCAACAUCAGAGGUGGACUGCGACAUUUACCAAGAGAUUGUCAAAGGUCUGCACCUGGUGUUUGAGCAAAUGACUUUGAUCAGGAAGCAGGAGAUCACAGUUGUUUUGGUAGAGUACCUGAAGGGUUCUGGACAAGUCAACGGCUCAGGCUCCCCUUGUGGAUCUAGCACCAGCAGCGCAGGGGCCUGGCUUUGGGCCAACUUUGGCAGAUACUCCGUCUAUGUGACUCUGGCAGACCUUCAGUCGCUCAACGAUUAUUUCUCUGGUUUUGCAUCACUGGAACUCUUGACUCCAUCUCAAACAGCUGAUCUCACCGUACGCUCUGGAGCACUGAACAAUACAGAUUUGAUCACCAGAGUUUUUGACCGUCUGAAUCAAGGCGAUGCUAUGCAGAAUGUUGAGGAGUUCUUGGUGGCUCUGGCCAACAGCUCAGGGGCCCCUGAAAUCAAUCCUGUGGUGAGGGACAUCAUGAUGAAUCGGACAUUCAGCGUCAUCAGUGCUCAUUUCCCAGACUUUUCCAGAGAUGAGUGGAGUGACUGGUUCCAGUGGAAUCUUGUCCCGCUGCUCCCCAGUCUGACUGCAGAGAUGCUAACAAUGGCAACAUCAGAGGUGGACUGCGACAUUUACCAAGAGAUGUGA